UGGAGGAGAAGGAGUGAGAAACAAAAUUGCAGGAUUUAAUAGAGCGUAGCUAUGUUCUUUGUGUAGGCGUGCACUUUUUCUUUCAAUGUUCUUUUACUUUUUUCAACCAAAAAUAUUUCAUCAUUUUAGGUUUUGUGACAACGAAAGCCACUAAACGUUAGUUUCGAUUUCUGCAUAUAGAAACUAAGGUGCCAUUUGUACUACACGGAUGGGUUUGUGUUCAAAUUUACAGCCAUGUCAUUUUUUUAUGUUUGUGUGUUUCUCUAUCUAUACUUACAGUGCUUAUAUUUUGUCUGAACUUAUUAGACAAUAUGAGUCUGAAGGAAGAGCCUGAAAGCGAAUCCAAAAGAAAGAGAUCAGAAUCACCCGAGUUCACAUCCACAAUACAUGAACACACAGACCUCAGCAAAGAAAGUGAUCAUGAACACAAAAAUAAAAGAACAAAGUCAGAGAGAGCGCAUUCUCCUGCCCCCAGCUAUAGGUCAGAUUUUUCAAUGGAUCUACCAACUAACUUCAAAAGCGGAGAAACAUUUGGUUUGGAUUUAAGUGAAUCCAAAAAAAGAACAUGUGAACUCCCAACAAUGAAACAAGACCAGGUGGUAAUAAUCCACUUAAGCGAAGAACCAAGUGAUGAACACAAAAAUAUAAGAGUAAAGUCAGAAAGAGCAGCUUCUCCUGCACCCAGCUAUAUGUCUUUAAGAACAGAUUUGUCAAUUGAUCCACCAACCAACUUCAAAGAUUUUCUUUUGGAUACAAGUAUUAAAAAAGAAAGAGAAACAAUAACCGUUUCAACAAACAACCAAAUGGACAACACAUUCAUGACAAGAUCAGAGAGAGCCCCUUCUCCUACGCUGUCUCUAUGGUCAGAUCGGUCAGUUGAACCAUCAGCUAACUGGAAAACUGAAGAACCUUUCCUUUCCACUUCAAGGUGAAGUUAUUCCACAUUUACUCUUC